GAAUGCACUGGUUUAUUAAGUGACACUAUAUGGAAUUGAGAGACACUUUAUAUUAUUAUUUUAUUAUAAAUACCAAUAUGAUGAAAUUGCAAUAAAUCGUGCUAGAUAUGCCAUGUAAGGUGUCAAUGAAAAUAUUAUGAUUUUCCAAGUAUGAUGAUCUUGUUUCUAGCUUUGUAUUGUGAGUUACAGAUCUGUAAGGUAUAUCUGUAUUCCAGACUUGUGUAGUGUUUCUGAGUGACACCCCCAGACAUAUUGGCAUCAGCGCUGCCCAGCCUGUUGGAUGGCCCAUCCAGGGUCAUCAGCCAUACAAUAAACCCAUUGAAAGGAUUAAGGGGAUACACCUAUUGAGUCAGCAAGACAUGCCGGGGUUUGCCUGUGUACUGAGACCUCCAAGGCUUUUCCAUGCCAUGUGCUGUGAAGCUUGUGUUUGGGACACAGGAAGUACAAGCCACUUGGCAAAAGGAAUGUAAAGGGCAGCUGCAUCAUCUCCAUUUUGUCUUCAAUCCCUCUUCCUACCUCUGGAGCAACUUCUCUACAAACAGAAGGCUUGAACAAAGAACUGAAUAAUGUGGAUGUGUACCAGGAAGCCUUUCAAGCCAGAAACUCCCCAAUACUGCUAAGAACCAGAUACAUUCAGAAAUAGAUAUAUCUGAUUGCUUUCCCAUUUAACAACUCCCUUUUUCUUUCUUUCUUUUAUAAUAAACCUUUAGUUUAGAUGCUUUCUUGCUUAUAAACCUUUAGUUUAGGUGCUAAGGAUUGGCUGGCAUUGUAGUAUUUUGGGUGAGAUCCAAACCCAUACUGACCUAGUAAUGUGGCUGACUCUGGGGUCAGAAGAACACUGUUUAUGUGAGCAGAGUUUUUAAAUAACCUCUCACUGUCCUGGACCUACAUGCUGAUUGGGAGUCAGAGAACUAGAAUGCAAUAAAGGGGGCUGUGUGAUUUCUUCUUUCAGUUUCUCAAUAACCAUCAUGGGGGAUCAGAAGCAAAUUUGGUGACUGGUCAGUGAGUUUAACUUCCUUGUUAACCACCAAUUUUGGGAGCAUGUGCUCUCCCUUUUUCAGCCUGCCCUGAUUUUGGCCUUUUAAGUGAGGACUGCCCCAGGCACACUGGGUCACACUAAGCACUGAAGUUAAAUUAAUAGUGUUUUUAUGACACAGUCAUAUGAAAUCAACUGAACUCCUUUGUUUUCUUUCAUCUGAGCAGGGUUUCCAGUUUCCAAACCUCAUAUAAUCUCCCAGCUGGAACAAGGAGAAGAGCCAUGGGUCCCAGACCUCCAUGGUUCCGAGGAAAGAUGGAUCCUGAGAGCUCCCCGCACAGCAGGUGAUGCAAUGGUAGGUGAGAAAGAGGAGCAGAAUUUUCAGCAAGAAAAUGUUGAGCAAGUGGAUAAACACAGAGCAUUUUUGCAAAGAUCGAAAAGGAAUGUGUCCAGGAGUCAUGAGCAGGGAAACUCCUGGGAGAGUCAGCACAGACCAGAAAGAGAGCAGGGAAACCAGCCAGGAGAGAGAAUGGGUAAAUAUAUUUUCUGUUGGGGAACUCAGAAGAGCCUCAAGGAAAUCACAGCACAGCAGGAAAUCCUCAUGGGAAAGAGGAAAAAUACAUGCUGUGAGUGUGGGAAAAGCUUCUCUAGCAGCUCGGCCCUUUCUCAACAUCAGAGAAUCCACACAGGGGAGAGGCCCUAUGAAUGCCGUGAGUGUGGGAAAACCUUCACUCAGAGAUCAGGCCUUUCUCAACAUCAGAGAAUCCACACAGGGGAGAGGCUCUGUGAAUGCCGUGAGUGUGGGAAAACCUUCACUCACAGAUCAGGCCUUUCUCAACAUCAGAGAAUCCACACAGGGGAGAGGCCUUUUGAAUGCAGUGAGUGUGGCAAAACCUUCAAUCACAGCUCAGUCCUUUCUAAACAUCAGAGAAUCCACACAGGGGAGAGGCCCUAUGAAUGCCGUGAGUGUGGGAAAAGCUUCACUGAAAGAUCAACCCUUUCUAAACAUCAGAGAAUCCACACAGGGAAGAGGCCCUAUGAAUGCCGUGAGUGUGGGAAAAGCUUCACUCACAGAUCAGGCCUUUCUCAACAUCAGAGAAUCCACACAGGGGAGAGGCCUUUUGAAUGCAGUGAGUGUGGCAAAACCUUCAAUCACAGCUCAGUCCUUUCUAAACAUCAGAGAAUCCACACAGGGGAGAGGCCAUAUAAAUGCUGUGAGUGUGGAAAAGCCUUCAAUCACAGUUCUCACCUUAUUACUCAUCAGAGAAUCCACACAGGGGAGCGGCCCUAUGAAUGCCGUGAGUGCGGGAAAACCUUCAAUCACAGUUCACACCUUCUUAGGCAUCAGAGAAUCCACACAGGAGAGAGACCUUAUGAAUGCCGUGAGUGUGGGAAAAGUUUCACUUGCAGCUCACACCUUUCUAAACAUCAGAGAAUCCACCAGACGGGAGAGGCCCUAUGAAUGCCGUGAGUGUGGGGAAAAACUUCAUUCACCGCCUGCAGCUUGUUAGCCAUCAGAGAAUCCACACAGGUAUGCGACCCAAUGGAAGCAGUGAAUGUGGGAAAACCUUAUUUUGCCACUGAGCCCAUGUGAGCCAUCAGAGAAUCUGCAAACACUGUAGAAACCCCUAGGGCUAUCAAUACUUUAAUACUUUUCCUGAUUCCCACAGAGUAACUUUUAAAAGCUGUUUGAACUGCUUGAAGCACCGAUAUCCCUCAGUUUGUCCAGAUGAGUGGCCCAGUUUUGCAUUUUGCAGUUUGACUCUUUGAGGUGGACCCAUUUGUCCUUUCUAUCAACUCCAUUCUCCCAUGAGUAAUUUGAGUGUGCCCUUCUCACAAGAAACAAGGGAGCAUCACAUUUAUACCAUUCCUCCUAUUGCAGAGUUAUUGUUAGAGUCACCAGUGAUGCAGAUUGUAUCAUUGCCAGUUAUUCUCACAUUGCUUCGGGGUUGUGCUGAAGAGCAGUUAUCAUGGGAACUUUCCAAAUUAUAUUUAAAUGAAGAGGAGCAAGUGCAGGAAAAAAGGUGUCAUUUCAGCCUCUGUGAUACUGGAAGGA